UUUUAAUGAACAAAAGUUCCUGCCUUAGGUAUACAUAAGAUGUCAAACUUUUAGGAGCCUCUAGUCCGGGGUCCAGCAACGGAGGUGUACAGGACGGGGGGCCAUGGGCUGCUGAACAUCGGGACCACCAAUCUCUUUGGGAUUUUACCAUCUACAAACACAUUAAGAUGCAUCUCCUGCCAUUGAUCGCCUUGUUAGCAGUCUGCGUGAUUCCACCAGGAACACCUCUGGAUGUAUUUGGUAAACCAGAUUGGUCCUCGCUGACAAGAUGCAGUCUUUUUGGAAACAAUCACAUCCGAACGUUUGAUGGAACUUUUUAUGAUUUUGUCGGAGACUGUAGCUACAUGUUGGCUGGAGACUGUCACAAGCAUUCAUUCACCCUGCUAGUGGACUACAGACAUGGUAAAAAGAACAGCGUCUCAAUGUAUCUGGGAGAAUAUUACGACAUUCAUGUGUUUCUGGAUGGGACGGCCACAGAAGGAGAGAAAAGCAUCACCAUGCCGUACGCCGCCAAUGGGAUUUUCCUGGAGAACGAGGCUGGAUACUAUAAACUCUCUAGUGAGGAACAUGGUAUAAUGGUGAAGAUCGAUGUCAGCGGGAAUACGCAGAUCCUACUGUCCACCGAACAUUUUAACAGGACGUGUGGACUAUGCGGGAACUUCAACCAGCUUGCAGAAGACGAUUUUAUGACUCAAGAAGGUAUUUUGGCUGACCAGAGUUAUGAAUUUGCCAAUUCCUGGGCGCUGCAUGGUGGUGAUAAGAGAUGUAAAAGAAUUUUUCCUCCCAGCAACACCUGCAAUAUUUCAUCUGAAGCAGCCGAGAAGGACUUCAUACAGAGAUGUCAAUAUCUGAAAACAUCCCCAUUGUUCAUGAAGUGUCAUCAUGCCGUCAACCCUGACCCCUUCAUUGCCAUCUGUGAGAACGACAUGUGUGAGUGUGCAGAGGACGUGCACUGUCCGUGUUACACCUUCCUGGAAUAUGCAAGAACGUGCGCCCAGCAUGGGGUUAUUGUGAACAGCUGGCCAAUGGAAACUGCCUGCAAACCCCAGUGUCCACAUGGAAUGGUUUACAGGGAGUGUGUGUCUCCGUGUGUUAAGUCCUGCCAGAGCCUUAAUAUUAAUGAAGUGUGCCAAGAACAGUGCACGGAUGGAUGUAGUUGUCCCGAAGGAAAAGUUCUUGAUGGAUCCCAUUGUGUGGCGCCCUCUGAGUGCUCCUGUAUUCAUUCUGGUAACCGAUAUCCUAUAGGAUCCACAAUCAGAAGAGACUGUAAUACUUGUUCUUGCAAAAGUGGGUUCUGGGAGUGCAGCAAUGAAGACUGCCCAGGGGAAUGCUACGUCACUGGACAGUCACACUUCAAGAGCUUUGACAACAAGCAUUAUACCUUCAGUGGGAUCUGUCAUUACUUACUUGCAAAAGACAUGGUGGAUGGAGCGUUCUCUGUGGCCAUAGAGACUGUGCAGUGUGCCGAUGACCCAGAUGCUGUGUGCACCAGAUCAGCCACCGUGCGUCUCCUGGACAUGCAUAACAUUACGGUGAAACUUAAACAUGGAGGAGGAGUGUCCAUAGACGGACAGGACAUCAUGCUUCCAUUGCUGCACGGUUCCCUUCGUAUCCAGACAACAGCUUUGUCGUCCGUACAGCUCUCGUAUCGGGAGGAUCUACAGAUUGACUGGGACGGCCAUGGGAAACUCAUCACUAAGCUUUCUCCAGUUUUUGCCGAGUUCACUAGUGGCCUUUGUGGGAACUACAACGGAAAUCAAGGUGAUGACUUCCUUACACCUUCAGGACUUGUAGAGGCCAGUGUGGAAGACUUUGGAAAUUCCUGGAAACUCAAUGGUGACUGUGCAGAUCUGGUUAAACAGGACACUGAUCCGUGUAGUCUGAACCCCAGACGAGCCAGAUACGCAGAGGACGUCUGCUCUACCCUCAUGGAUUUCACGUUCCAGCCAUGUCACAGCGAGGUCAACCCCCUUCCAUAUCUAAAGAAUUGUCGCUACGAUGUCUGCGCUUGUUCCAAUGGGAAGGAGUGUAUGUGCUCUGCUAUUUCCACCUAUGCCAUGGCCUGCUCCAAGAAAGGCGUCCUCAUCGAGUGGAGAUCACCCGAAUUUUGCUCCAUCCGGUGUUCUGAAGGAAAGAUUUACCAGCAGUGCGGGAGUCCCUGUAACCAGACCUGCAGGUCAUUGUCUCAUCCUGACACCAACUGCAGAGAGUCCUGCAUGGAAGGAUGUUACUGCCCCCCCGGACUGUACACCAAUGAGUACGGAGAAUGUGUCCCCAAGUCCGAGUGCUCGUGCUACUACGAUGGGGAAUUGUUCCAACCAGACGAUGUGUUCUCGGAUCACCAUUCUAUGUGUUACUGUGAGAACGGACUGAUGCAUUGUACUAUGAAUGAUGUACCAGGUGCCUAUUACGCAGAAGCCUUUUUCAGCCAAUCUGCCAGAGUAAAGAGAAGUGCAGAUUGUCGCCCUCCCAUGAAAAAAGUUGUGUGUUCUCCUGAUGAUCCAGCAGUUAAAGGGACACAAUGCGCCAAAUCUUGUGACAAUUAUGAAGCGGAUUGCAUGAGCACUAAGUGUACUUCAGGAUGUAUGUGCCCGGAUGGCAUGGUCCGACACAAUAACAGGUGUAUAUUUCCCAAUAAGUGUCCAUGUAGACAUGCAGGGAAGGACUAUGCUCUGGGGGAGUCAGUGAACCAAGACUGUAACACCUGUGUUUGUCGAGGCAGAAUUUGGCAAUGUACAAAAAAUGUCUGUGACGGUACCUGUUCGGCCAUCGGGAUGUCACACUACUUCACAUUUGAUGGCCUGGUCUACAACUUUCCUGGAGACUGCCAGUAUGUGUUAUCUCAGGAUUUCUGUGGUGAUGAACCAGGAACCUUCCGCAUCCUUGUGGGAAAUGUUGGUUGUGGUUUCACUGGAGACAGAUGUACAAAGAAGAUCACAAUUCUGUUUAGAAAUGGAGAAAUUGAGUUAGAAAAUGAGCAGAUCAAUAUCAGGAAACCUCUGAACAGCGAGAUUGGCUUUGACAUUCGGCAGUCUGGAAACUUCUUCAUUUUGACUCUGGGAAGUGAAAUAUCCAUUACAUGGGACAAAGGGAAGAGAAUCUACAUCACCUUGAAGGGAACCUUGAGGAAUAAAGUCUGUGGUUUGUGUGGAAACUUUGAUGGAAUCGAAAACAACGAUUUGAUGAGUAGUAAUAAUCAGGUGGAAAAUAACCCCAGUAACUUUGGAAAUUCUUGGAAAGUGAAGCCUUUUUGUGCUGACGUUGCGAUGAUCACCGCUAUCACGACCAUGCCCCUGUGCCAAGGCAAUGCCCUAAAACAAGCUGCCGUGGAAAAUGCCUGCGACAUUUUAUGGGAUGACCUUUUUAAAGAUUGUCAUAAACUAGUUGAUCCGCUGCAUUACCAUGAUGUCUGCACUUACGACACAUGCAUCUGUGAAUCCAUUGGGGACUGCGCAUGCUUCUGCGACUCUGUAGCGGCCUAUGCUCAUGCGUGUGCUCAGGAAGGAGUUCACGUGCAGUGGAGGUCAUCCCAUUUUUGUCCACAGAGUUGUGAAGAGAAGAAUGUGAAGGAGCUGGACUACGUGUGUGAAUGGAGAUACAACAGUUGUGCAUCAGCUUGUCCAGUGACCUGCCAGCACCCGGAAUCUACAAAUUGUCCCCUUAAAUGUGUGGAAGGUUGCCAUGCACACUGCCCUCCUGGUAAAAUCCUGAAUGAGGUAACCGGAUCAUGUAUUGACCUGCAAGACUGCCCUGUAUGCGUGAUUGAAGGACGCCGCAUUCCGCAUGGAAAGUACAUUAUAUUGAAUCAAGAUGAUCCUUCGCUUUGCCAGCAAUGCCAUUGUGAAAAACAAACCCUACAGUGCAAUGCUUGUGAGGCAAAAACAACAAGAGCCUCACCCCCAGAAAUCCCUCAGGAGGAACCAACUCCAGAACCAACGCCAUAUGAAGAGGAAGAGGAAGAGGGAACCGUUGCACCCGGGACAUACAACUGUGAGAAAGCCAUGGAUCUGGUUUUCCUAGUAGACGGUUCCUCAAAACUUUCCCGAACCAGUUUCGAAACUGUAAAAGAUUUUAUUGUCAGUAUUAUGGAAAAGAUACGCAUCUCGCAGUCAAGAAUUCGAGUCAGCGUCAUCCAAUACAAUACCACGCACACGCCUAAGUUAUUCAGCCUUAAUGAAAGGCGGAGACUUACUGACUUGGUUGCCAAAGUAAAAAAUAUGAAAUACAUGGGGAGUCCAACAUCUUCUGCCGCGGAGGCAAUAAAAUUUACAAAUUCAUAUAUCUUCGAUCUGGCUAAGAGGGACAACGCACCAAGAAUGAUCUUACUACUAACAGCCUCCAAAAGUUCAAAAAGCUUGACAAGUAUAAAGCUUGGCAUAAAAAAGCGUAAAGUCACUGUGAUUCCCAUCGCGAUAGGUCCUUCCGCUGACAGGGGUGACAUUGAAUUCCUUGAAAAGCAGUCACCAAUGAACAAACCAUUCAUUGUGCCCAAUGUGGAGGACCUAAUCGCCCGGAAGGAUGAAAUAAUCGACUACUUGUGUGGAAUAGUACCGGAGCCAACACAUACAGUACCUAUUAAACCUCAAACAGAGCCAUCUAAAGUGAUUACUACCACCACCGCCACCUAUGUAGAGCCCUCGACGAAGACCCCCACCAUUGCACCAACCCCGGCUCCCAAAAUUCCUGAUAGAGAACUUACUAUUGCAUUUGAAGGCUCUGUGGACAUUGAGAAGAUAAAGAUCUUCCUUGAAGAUCUGAUUCAGAGAAUGGAUAUUGGUGAGGAAACCAUCCAUAUCACCAUCAUACAGUACUCUUAUACUAUAACUAUUGAAUACACCUUCACUGGGAUAUUACGGAAAAGGGAAGUGAUCGAACUGAUUAGACGGAUCAAAAACAGAAGCGGGAAUGCCACAAACACCGGGGAAGCUCUACGAUACAUAAGUCAACACACUUUGAGGAAGGACUAUGAAAGUAGGCACCAAAAUCCUCACUUGGUAUAUAUGAUACAGGAAAAUCCACCUACUGAUGUCAUAAGAAAAGAGGACAACAUAAAUGUCUUUCCUAUAUCGGUUGGCUCAAAUGCUCCCAUAAAAGAGCUGGAUAUAUUGGGGCAUCAAAGAUAUUUCCAAAACUAUGACCAGUUACCUAGUAUAACAGAAGAAAUAAUUAAGGGUUGUUGUUCUAGGAUCGACGAGCCAACACAUAUUCCUAUAGUACCAUGCAUGAAACAGAUGGAUAUCAUAUUCAUACUGGACAGCAGUUUGAAUGUCAAAGAAUCGGAAUUUGAGUAUAUGAAAACCUUUGUGAAAAAUUUUAUCAAAAAGGCACACAUUGGUCAUGAUGCAACUCAAGUGGCCGUCCUUCAAUAUGGAUGGGCUCCUACUAUGGAGGUUGCAUGGACAGACCCUCAAGAAAAGAUAAGUCUUCUUAAACAAGUUGACAACAUGCAAAAGAUUGGAGAAGGAACCGGCAAAAUUGGAGAUGCACUGAAUUUUGCAGUCCAAAGUGCCGUAUCAGAUAUACAUGGAGGAAGGCCUCUUUCUACCAAGAUCGCAGUCAUCAUUGUCGCAGACAAGUCCUCAGAUCAAGUGGAUUACGCAGCCACCUUUGCAGCAGCCAACAUGGUAUCAGUUUUUCCAAUCGGUGUUGGAUCCAGGUACGACGAUGAAGAACUGCUAAAGCUUUCCGGGCCAUCCAGUAACCACAAGAUCACAAAAGUUCAGCUUUUUGAUGAUUUGCCAACCAUGCUUCUCCUACGUGAUGACUUCAUCAAUAAGCUUUGCACCGAUAUCGUUAAAGUUUGCAUUGAUGAGGAUGGAAACUCACGGAAGACUGGAGAUACCUGGACACUACAAGACGAAUGUCACAUAGUCACAUGCCUGGAGGGUGGCAUAACCAAACUAAGUAACAUUGGAGUGGACUGUGCAAAAAUUCCACAACCACUCUGUGACAAUGAUAUACCCGCAAUGAAGAUUAAGGAGAAAUGUGGAUGUCGAUGGGUGUGCCCGUGCAUCUGUAAGGGAAGCUCCAGCCGUCACAUCGUCACCUUUGAUGGACUUAAUUUUAAGCUCCUCAGCAAUUGCUCCUAUGUGUUGUUUAAUGACAAUAAGAACAAUCUGGAAGUCAUCCUGCAGAAUGGGGAAUGUGGGUUAUCGAGUGGCCAGACCUGCAUGGAUUCAGUGAGCGUGAAGUACAAUGGGGACAUUGUGAAGCUCUCGUACAAUAUGCAGGUCUCCGUCAAUGGAGAACUGGUCCAGGUACCUUACAACAACACCUUUGAAGUGGGUGUUUUUGGAGCCAUUAUGCAUAAUCUUAAAAUUCCAGAGCUGGGAUUCGUCUUUUCAUUUACCCCAGGAAAUAAUGAAUUUAUACUUGAGUUCAUCCCGCAUGGUUUCUCAGCCAAAACUUCAGGACUUUGUGGAAUAUGCGACCACAACCCAGUCAAUGACUUCACCCUCAGGGACGGCUCAGUAACAAGAGACAGCAGCAAAUUUGUGAAGGAAUGGACCAUGGUGGAUGAGUUUGGAAGAACAUGUGAAACCAAACUGGAUGAUGUGUGUAGCCAAUCUCCAAGCCAUCAGUGCAACAUUCUGCUUUCCAAGACAUUCGAGCAAUGCCACUCCAAGAUCCAGCCAAGCGAUUACUUUAAGUUGUGUCAAGAGACGAGCUGCCAUGGUCAAGACCCUUGCGAGAUCAUUGCAAGUUACAGCCAUCUGUGUAGGCUUCAUGAAGUGUGUAUAGACUGGAGGUCACCAGAUGUAUGUCCAAUGACCUGUCCCAGUACCAUGGUGUAUAGCCAUUGUCAUGUAGGAUGUGACCAGGACUGUGAGAAGACACCGAGCAAAACUAUGUGUUUCGACCAUCCUACAGAAGGUUGCUUCUGCCCAGAGGGAGAGGUGAUAGUAAACGGGAAAUGUGUUUCACAAGAUGUCUGCAACCAAUGCACUGAUGAGUAUGGAAACAACUACAAGCAUUUGAAAACCUGGAUCCCUAUACACAACCCUUGUAGUAUCUGCAUUUGCCUUGACGAUAGAAUUACCAACUGCUCCUCGAUGCCCUGUCCUACAGUCAAACCUUUGACCUGCGGUCCGUGUGAAGUUCCUUCACUCAAAAGGAGCUCUGAUCAGUGCUGCCCGGAGUAUGAAUGUGUUUGUGAUAAAAGCUCCUGUGAAAUCCCUUCAGUGCCACAUUGUGAGAAUGGAAUGGAACCCGUCCUGAUCAACCCAGGAGAGUGCAAACCCGUCUAUGAGUGCGCCUGCAGAAGGGAGACAUGCCCGUUGUUACGACGUCCCAGCUGCCCACCCUAUAAGAGGCUUUCCAGGAAGACCACCGAGUGCUGUGACACCUACGAAUGUGUCUGCAGUUGCCUAAAUUCUACCGACACCUGUCCGUCCGGAUAUAUAUCGUCUAUCCACACCAAUGAGUGCGGCUGCACCAGCGUCACCUGUACUGCAGAUAAGGUCUGUGUACAUAAGAGUAACGUUUACCAUGUUGGGAGCUCCUGGGAAGAUGGCUGCCUGAAUUGUAAGUGCACCGACCUGGUGGACCCCAUCACAAACCUUCUCAGUGUCCAGUGUGAGCAGAAGCCGUGUGAUAGAAACUGCAGUCCCGGUUUUAAGUAUGUGACUAAGGAACACGAGUGCUGCGGAACCUGUAAAAGAGCUGUGUGUGAACAGGAGGUGAUCUCCAGAAGAAGAGGAGAUAUGAUAAUGGGCGGAGCACCGAGAGAAACACGCUAUUAUAGUGUUGGUGCAAGGUGGACGUCACCUUAUGAUCCUUGUAUCAUCAAUGAAUGCACUCUGGUGAACGGAGAAGUCUUCACCUUGCAGAUGAAUGUCUCCUGCUCUGAUAUGGAGACUACGAAAUGUCCUACAGGGUUGGAAUUGACCUGCACACAUGGCUCCGAAUGUUGUCCCAUCUGCCGAUGUGAACCCAUUCCUGGCUGCUUCCUUAAUGGGACUAUCAUCGGGCCCGGAAAAACGUUAAUGAUUGACGAAUGCUCCUCCUGUGAAUGCAGCUUCUCCAGCGGACCUACUACAAGCUAUAAACUUUCCUGUAGACGGAUCCGCUGUGAACCAUGUCCAGAGAAUACAGUCUUACAGAAGAAUAGUGGAGAAUGUUGUGGUAAAUGUGUAAUGACAGCCUGUCCGGUCACCAUGAAGAAUGGAAAUCGGGUCACUGUACAGCUCAAUGAAACCUUACGAGAAGGCUGCAACGCUUACACCUGCAAAGCGAAUGAGCAAGGUGGCCUGAUGUUGGUGACUAGCAAGACUAAAUGCCCGGACUUUAGUCGAGAAAAGUGCCUAGCUGAUGGGGGUGUAAUUAAACAGCUUGCCGAUUCUUGCUGUGAAACCUGUGUGGAGCCAGAAUGCAAACAAAUAGGAGUUCCCAAAUAUAUUCAGGUUGCUGACUGCGUGUCGGAGCGAGAGCUGAGCAUGCUGUCUUGUGAGGGUAAAUGCACUAGUACAUCCAUCUACAACACAAAAACCCACAAUAUGGAAGACCAGUGCACCUGUUGCACAGCAACACAGACUGAACUGGUGAAAGUUUCACUCCGAUGCAACAAUGGGACUACAGUAGAACAUGAGGUCACGCAAGCCACAAACUGUGAAUGUGUGUCCCGGAAAUGUACCAAAUAAAAAUGUCUAACUACUGCUGUGUAAGGUGGCGGCUGAGCAAUGUGCCCAUCUAUAGUGCCCUGUCAGUUAUUUGUGCACAAACAUAACAUGUGAGAUUAUGCCUUUUCAAGCCUAUAUGUCCUAAAUGGGGGGAACCGUCAUGGCCGAGGAAAAUAGUUGAUAAAACUGGGAAAUGACCAAUGUUAGAGACCUGACAAUGUGCAAUCUAAAGUUUUUAUUUUGAAUUCAAAUUUUGUAUUUUUUUAUUUCUAUAGACAAAUUAUUCUCUAUUUUAGAAAGCAUUGACUAUUUUAUGUUUUUUUAAAAUGCAAUAAAGCUUUAGCUGUGUUUUGGUUGGUAAAUCCAUCCAGCUGUAAAAAAAAAAAAAAAAAAAUUCUAUAUGUGCUGAAAGUGACUAAUUCCGACACACCGCAAAACCUGGAGAUCAUUAAAUCUAGGUGUUAAACAUUAAUAUGCUACUGUCACAGAUUGUUCAUCCUGCAUUCUGUUCCUUUUAGCUGCAAAAAAAAAGAUAAAAAAUAUAAAUAAAGUAAAUUUUAACA